AUGACUGUUGGUUCACACGCUCAGGUGAUGACUGUUGUGGUGAUGACUGGUGAGGUGAUGACUGCUGGUUCACACGCUCAGGUGAUGAAUGGUGCUGAGGUGAUGAAUGGUGAGGUGAUGACUGGUGAGGUGAUGACUGGUGAGGUGAUGACUGCUGGUUCACACGCUCAGGUGAUGACUGCUGAGGUGAUGAAUGGUGAGGUGAUGACUGCUGAGGUGAUGACUGCUGAGGUGAUGACUGGUGAGGUGAUGACUGCUGAGGUGAUGACUGGUGAGGUGACGACUGCUGGUUCACAGGCUCAGGUGAUGACUGCUGGUUCACACGCUCAGGUGAUGACUGGUGAGGUGAUGACUGGUGAGGUGAUGACUGCUGGUUCACACGCUCAGGUGAUGACUGGUGAGGUGAUGACUGCUGAUUCACACGCUCAGGUGAUGACUGCUGAGGUGAUGAAUGGUGAGGUGAUGACUGCUGAGGUGAUGACUACUGAGGUGAUAACUGCUGAGGUGAUGACUACUGAGGUGAUGACUACUGAGGUGAUGGCUACUGAGGUGAUGACUGCUGAGGUGAUAACUGCUGAGGUGAUGACUGCUGAGGUGAUGACUGCUGAGGUGAUAACUGCUGAGG